AUGCAGCAGAAUCAAAGUGAGUACUAUAUCGAAGGCAUCAUCAACAGCAUUGCCUUGAGCCUGGAAUUCAGCAUUGUCGUUAUGGCAGCAUCAGCAGUGACGCUUGAACAUCGACAGCUGACCGCUUCGGACUCUCCUGUCGCACCUCACCAGUUGCUGCGUCAACGAUGUCCCCACCUCGAAGGCCUUGGACACGACUGGCAUGUACCUGCAUCGGCUAUCAACUAUCUCAUGCCUCUACUCUGGAUCAGAAACACGAUUGCCCUGACAUUCUUGCUCUUGUUGAGUGAGAGCACCGCCGUCAUUCAGCUGAGUAACAACGAAGGCGUUCGAGUUCAGGUUUGGCAUGAGUCCAGUGUCAAUGGGAAAGCCCUGAACGUAUCAUUCGUACUGGAGACAUCUGGUUGGAGAUGCCGAUGGGAUGAGCAGUACAAUUAG